AGGGGUGUGUAACAAUAUGGCUCAACUUGUCUUAUGUCACUUGCUUUGCACUGUCUGUGUCCUUACUAUAGCUUAUAACCCAAUUUCUAGCUUCUCCUCUCCACCCCAAACUGCAGUUAAAGUGUGCACGCUUCAAAACAGCUUUCAGCCAGGCUUUGUGACCAAAGGUGACUAUGUUAUUGGAGGGAUCUUCCCCCUUCACUAUAACCAGGAGAUGCCAGACCUCAACUGCACCUACAGACCACCGCCAGUGAAGUGCAAUGGCUUUGAUCCCAGGGCUUUCCGCUGGGCUCAGACUAUGAGGCUGGCAGUGGAGGAGAUAAACCAGAGUACAGAGCUAUUGCCCAAUUACACCCUUGGGUACAAAAUCUUUGAUUCAUGUGCAUAUCCACUGACCGGCCAGAGGGCUGCUCUAGCUGUGUUGAACGGGCUGAGCGAGGACGACUCUCCCAUGUGCAGCAGUGCCUCUCCGCUCCUCGCUGUGAUUGGGGAAUCUGGUUCUGCUCAGUCUAUUGUGGUGUCAAGAAUCCUGCAGCCAUUCAGAAUCCCAAUGAUCAGCUACUUUUCUUCAUGUGCAUGUUUCACUGACAGAAGACAAUACCCUACCUUCUUCAGAGUAAUCCCUAAUGAUGACUAUCAGGUGAAGGCUAUUGCUCAGCUGCUGGUGCGCUUCAGCUGGACUUGGGUGGGGCUGUUGCGAGGAGACCAUGAAUAUGGGCGCUUCGCUGUGCAAGGAUUACUGAGAGAAUUACAGGGUACCAAAGUGUGUGUAGCGUACCAAGAAAUGAUCCCUCUGCUCUAUGAUCGCCAGAGGGCACUGGAGAUCAUGCAGGUGAUGCAUAGCUCUUCGGCAAAAGUGGUGGUGGUAUUUUCAGCCGAGGGGGAGAUGACACCUUUUCUGAGAGAUUACAUGAUGCAGAACAUCACUGGAAUCCAAUGGGUGGCUAGUGAGGCCUGGGUCACAGCAUCUGUCUUUACAGGGAGCGAAUAUUACCCCUACAUGGGGGGCACCAUUGGGUUUGGCAUCAGAAAAGGUCAUAUAUCCAGACUCAGUGAAUACCUACAGACAGUAAACCCACAAAUGUAUCCCAAUAGUCUUCUGGUUAAGGAGCUGUGGGAGGCUCUGUAUGGUUGCAGUCCUUCUCUGUCCUCUGGCUUACAAUUGCCUCCCUGUUCUGGGCAGGAGUCCCUGCUGGAGCAGCAUUCAGCCUACAUGAAUACAUCCAGCCCUAGAGUGGCCUAUAAUGUCUAUAAGGCUGUAUAUGCGAUUGCUCAUUCCCUCCACAACCUUCUUCUCUGUCAACCAGGCAAUGGGCCUUUCCAAAACAACUCAUGUGCUCAAAGCAACAACAUACACCCCUGGCAGCUCCAAUACUACCUCCAGGAAGUAACAUUCAACAUUGCCGGGGAGGAGGUGAACUUUGAUCUGAAGGGCGACUCCAUACCUUAUUAUGAUGUCAUCAACUGGCAGAGAGGCACAGGCGGGAACAUUGAGUUUGUCAACGUGGGGUUGUUUGAUGGAACCAAGCCUGCCGGAGAGGAGCUGGUGAUCCAGGAGGACAGCAUAAUGUGGGCAGGGCAUCAGAGUGAGGUGUCAGUGUCUGUAUGCAGUGCCAGCUGUCUUCCAGGGUCCCGGAAGGCUGUCCGUCGUGGGGAGCCUAUUUGCUGCUUUGACUGUGUACCAUGUGACAGUGGCAAAAUUAGCAAUGAGACAAAUUCAAUAGAGUGCACAUUUUGUCCUGAGGACUUCUGGUCAAACAAAGACAGAACAGCCUGCAUCCCCAAGAAGGUGGAGUUCUUGGCCUAUGAUUCCUUGGGUAUAGCCCUGACAGUGAUCUCUGUGGUGGGUGCCUGCCUCACUAUAACUGUCUUUGCAGUCUUUUUCUCUCAUAGAAACACAGCCAUCGUCCGUUUGAAUAACUCUGAACUAAGCUUCUUCAUCCUGUUCGCGCUGACUCUGUGUUUUCUGUGUUCCCUGGUGUUCAUUGGAGAGCCAACAUCUUGGUCUUGCAUGCUGCGCCACACUGCCUUUAGCAUCACAUUUUCACUUUGCAUCUCCUGCAUUCUGGGGAAGACUCUGGUAGUGUUGGCUGCUUUCACUGCCACCAGGCCAGGGGACAACAUCAUGAAGUGGCUGGGGCCCAAGCAGCAGAGGGUCAUUAUCUUCAGUUGCACUCUGGUUCAGGUGGUUAUCUGCGCUUCCUGGCUCAUUGAUGCUCCCCCUUUUCCAUCCCGAAAUACACAAUAUGAACGCUCAAAGAUCAUACUGGAGUGUAGUGUGGGCUCCAGCUUUGCAUUCUGGUGUGUUCUGGGAUAUAUUGGUCUACAGGCCUGUCUGUGCUUUGUACUAGCUUUUCUGGCCCGUAAGUUGCCGGGCAACUUCAAUGAGGCCAAGUUCAUUACUUUUAGCAUAUUGAUCUUCUGUGCUGUGUGGCUGGCAUUCAUUCCUGCUUACAUCAGCUCCCCUGGAAAUUAUGCAGAUGCUGUGGAGUCAUUUGCCAUUCUGGCUUCCAGCUUUGGCUUGUUGUUCUGUCUGUUUGCUCCAAAGUGUUACAUUAUUUUGCUGAAACCAGAAAAGAAUACAAAACAGCACCUAAUGGGAAAAGAAAAUAAGUAACAUGUCAUAAGGUAACCAUUUGAAAAUAAAGAUUUCUGUUUAAUAUUUAAUGUUAUUUAAAAGUAGUCUUCCUGAAUUACGAUAUAUUUUCCAUUUGUAUUGACUGGGCAGUGAAAGUUGUAUGCAACUGAUAAUGUAGCAUUGCAACUGAAGUACAGUAUACAAGGAAUUGAAUAUACAAUUAAGUAUAAUUAUAAGAAGCUCUUAAUGUAGAUUUUGAAGAUGAAAUAAAGAUAUUUAGCGAUGAAUGUUCUUUGGAAUUUCUGAAACUCAAUUUGUUGUUUGUCUCAUUGUCCUAUUUGUUUAUUUAUAUUUCCAUCUUUAAAAAAAUAUACAGAUUUAUUUUAUUUAACAUGUUUAUUUUUUUCUUUCUGAACAUUAGCCAUCUUUCAACCUGUGCUUGUUUGAGUGACAAAAUACUAUACCCCACAUUUUUCAGAACUGUGCCAAGUGACCGCUUCCAAAUCGUCAGCCUGGUGCUGCUUAUGAAAUACUUUGACUGACGUUGGGUGGGGAUUAUUUAUUCUGAAGGGUUGUACUCAGAGAAAGGUACAGCUGAAUACACUAAGGAAGCAACGAAUGAGGGCAUAUGUGUUGAAUACAGAUUACCUUACUUUAAGACAUCUCAAAUAAUAUCAAAGUUGGAUGCUAUUGUAGAGACAAUAAAGGAUAUCCUUGUCAAAGAUGGUCCUGUUGUUUAUGUCCAAGUCUUUCACCAAAUUGUUCCUGCCAAAAAUGAAAAAAAAAAGAGAAAAAAAAAACAUUUUACAGGGGGCAAUAAGCUUUGCCCUCGCUCAGGCAUCCAUACCAGGUCUUGGUUAAUUCUCACUCAGCUUGAAACCUUCUGAUGAACCACAGAGUGUUGUAAUUAAAGCUUUCUGGGAGAAGUUAUUUGACUGCAGCUUCUCUCCAUCAAAUACAUCUGCUAUGUGUACUGGCACAAAGGAUCACAAGACAGUCUUCAGUGACUACACAGACGUGACACAUUUCAGGGCUGAGAAUAAUGUGUACAAAGCUGUACUUUGUGGCAUAUGCCAUUCAUGCACAAUUGUAAUGUAAAACUGCCUCAAAACAAGAAUAAACCUAAGCUUGUAA